AUGAGGCGGGACGCCUCUGCUGCCGCCAGCGCCAACGGGCACCAGCUGCUGCUGGUCGGCUCAGAGGAUGACGAGGUCCCGGUUCUGGCAUUAGUCGACCUGUAUGGAGCGGAGCUGGUGGACCCCGGCGUUCCCUCCUCUGCUGGUGCCUCACCGUCCCCCGCGCCCGCGACGCGCCGGCUCCGCGCACGGCUGACCCGCGUGCACGGCGACUUCCUGUCGCGCCGCCCGGGGCUGCGGCUCCUGCAGGCGGCGUGGCACCCGGCAAGCCCCGGGCACUUUGCCUGCCUGGCUUCCGACGGGACCUGGCGGCUGUACAAUGCAGCAGACCCCUCAGAGCCUGAGCAGAGCUUCGCGCUCCGCCUGCCCGGCGGCGCCGGCGCCGGCCCGCUCGGCCUCGGCGGCGGCGGCGCGGCGGCGGCGCGGCCAGCGGCGUUUGCGUGGGGCCCGCCCGGCGGCGGCGCGAGCUGGGGGCAGCUGGCGGUUCUGAUCCUCGCGACAGACGGCGGCGUGUACUCGCUCUGCCCGGUCGCGCCCUUCGGCCUGCGCGUUGCCGCCGGCGCGCUGCGGCGGCUGCUCGCGAGCUGUGGCGGCGGCGCCGAGGCCGGCGGCGGCGGCGGCAGCAGCACGGCGCGCGCGUGGCUGCAGGCGGCGUUUCCUGGGGUGGUGCACCCGGCCGGCGAGGUGCUCGCCGGGGGCGAGGGCUUCACCGUGCAGCCGCACCUGCUCGAAACUUGGGCGCCUGCGCUGCAGGGCCCGCUGAACGCGGGGUCUGUGUCAGCGGAGGCCGGCGGCCGGCCGGGCGCGCCGCGGGGCGCGGCCAUCGCGGCCAGCGCGCGGUCUGCCGCGGCCGGCGGCCGGCGGCUGUUCGACGACGGGGGCGGGGAGGAAGAUUGGUACCCUGCGUUUGACGGCGGCUUCGGGGACGAUGGCGCGGGCGGCGACGGCGGGGUGACGUGCUGCGCCGUGCUGACCGCGUUGACCGACGGCCGGGUCUACACGCACGCGCUCGACGGCGGCGCGCUGGCGCCCGCGUGGACUGAGGGGCUGCCGCAGUGCACGUAUGGGCCGCGCAUGGAUGUGGUCAGCGUGCGUUGCGAGUGCGAGGCCGUGCCGGCGGUGGUGGCGUCAGCGGCGGGGGACGACGGCGGCGGUGUGUCAGCCGGCCUUCCCCCUAUUGACGAGGACGACCGGGACUCCACCGCCGCCUCCCGUCCCGCCGGCCGCCGUACCGCGAGCGCCCCCGCCUCGCGCCCCGCCAGCGGCGGCGCACUCUCGGCCCGCGCCGGCGUGUCCGGCGGGGCCGCGGUGGCGGCGGCCUCGGCGGCGGCCGCGUCGGGGCCGAUGGUUGUGAUCGAUCUGAUAGACCUACGGUUGAGGGAUGAGGUGGCGGGAGGCGGAUUCCAAGAUGACGAGGACAGGGGCAGCUUCUCGGAGGAUGAGGAGGACGAGGAAGAGGAGCUGCGCGGCGCCGGCGGGGCUGCGCCUCGCCGCCUGCGGCGCGUCGUCCUGCACGCCUGCCCCGAGCAGCCGGGCGCGUUCUGGGCCGUCCACGACCGCGGCGCGUGGGCGCUGUCGCUGCGGUGGCUGCCGGCGGUCGCGCGGCAGCUCGCAGCGGCGGCGGCGGCGGAGGCUGAGGGGUUCGGCGGGCUGGACGGCUAUGGCGGCGGCGGAGAGGACGGCGAGGGGGACGAGGCAGCUUCCGGCCAGCUGCCGGCGCCGGCGCUCAGGGAGCUGCUAGUGUCGGAGGACUCCAUCAACGCGAGCGCCCCGCUUGGCAGCGUCCUGGCCGGCAGCAGCUGCGUGCUGCUGGAGCGGUCCGGGCGGCUGAGCGUCGCGCGGCCCGGCGCGGCGGCCGGCGGCGGCGGCGCCGGGGGCGGCGCGGGCGCAGGGGGUGGGGGCGUGGAUGAGGAGGAGCGCCUGGAAGCUCUGGUGGCGGGGGCGGCCGGGCGCGUGCAGCCGCCGGACGUCGCGGCGGCGCAGGCAGCGGUGCAGGAGCUUUACGCGGAGCUCCGCGCCGGCCCCCGCAACCUGCCAGAGCCCCAGGCGCCCGCCGGCGGCACCGACGUGCGGACGCCAGCUGGCAAGGAGCACCUGGCUGCCCAGCUGGCGUGGCUGCAGGGCAAGUACGUGCGCUUCGUGGCGAUGGCACACUGCGACGCCAUAAACCGCGCCAAGCAGCUGCAGGCGGAGGUGCGGGACCAGCAGGGCGUGGCCAGGGAGGUCGGGGCCCUCGCAUCCGACGUCGAGGCCACCCAGGCCGAGCUGGCAGAGAGGGUCGAGCGGCUGCAGGCGCGCCACGCCAACCUGCUGGACCGCCUGAAGGUGCUGGCGCUGCUGCACUGGGGGGCGCCGCGGCCCCUGAGCCGCGCGGAGCGGGACUUCAGCAAGCAGCUGGAGCAGCGGGAGGCGAUCCAGUCGGGGCGGCAGCGGCUAGAGACGCUGCGGGAGGACCUGCAGCUGUUCCUGUCGGAUCACCCAGAGGCGCGACUGCCGGCGGCGCUGGCGUCCAUGUCGGGGGCCCUGUCCAACGUCCGGUGA